GUAGGUUUUUGGGCGGGGUGCAGCAGUCUAUAUGCAUCUUCAAGCUGUCUAUCUGCCAUAAAUUGUCUCAGCAUGAGAAUAUCCGAACCAGGGGCGGAAGGUGUUGAGGGUCCUAAGUCAUGGCGUGUAGAUGUGGAUCUUCGAUCCAUUGCAGGGUCGAGGGUGGUGUUGAAGUCACCAGCAAGUAUAACAGGAGCAUCGUUUGGCAGGUGUUCGUGAAGGGGACACCACCGCCAACCCUUGAUCUGCCACCUGAUUGUACUGAUGCUGUUGUGUCAUCUGCAGCCUUUGCGGUGACAUCUGUUGUUGCUCCAUCAGAUGUUGUGCUGACUGUUGCAGUUCCGGGUAUUGUUCCUCUAGCCCUUUCUCCACCCCCUGCUUGUGCAGUCGUAGCAUCGGUUGUUGCUCCAACUGGCCCUGUUCAUGUUGUGGCAGCUGUUGUUGUGACAGUUGAUGUGGCGGCUUUUGUUGCACAACCUGUUGUUGUGCCAGCUGUUGCUGCAUCAGGUGCCGGUCCGCUUGCCCUUGAUCGUCCCCCUGAAUAUACAGUUGUAGCGUCGGUUGAUGCACCAGCUGGCUAUCUAUGUUUUGUGGCAGCUGUUGCUGUGGUAGUUGUUGAUGUGGCAGAUGUUGCAGAUGUUGUUGCAUCUGUUGUUGCUCCAGUGGGUAUUGCUCCACAAUCCCAUGCUUUGCCUCCUGUUUAUGUUGUUGUUGAGGUGUCCCCAGACAUGGCUCCAGCCUCCCUUGCUCUGUCACCUCGUUGUGCUGUUGUUGUAGCAUCAACUGCUGCUCCAGGUGACUCUACUCUUAUUGAGCUUGAGGACACUACUGCUGUGUCAGGUGUUGUUGUGACAGCGGUUGCUGGUGAGACUGCCAUUGAUGAGCGGUUCCGACUACCUCGUCAUGCUCCAGCAACCGAACCCGCUCCAGAUCAUGCUGUGGCCGUUUGGGGAGCUCAGGGGGAAGGAAUUUGACUUCCCCUGUCACUUGAGAGGCCACUGAAGUCAUGCUAGCUGGCAUCGGGGAUUGCACGGGGUCAAGGGAUUGACCUUGCUUCUCUCCUUGUUUCUCUUGCAAACACCGAGUAAGCGGCGGUUCCCAUUGUUGUGAGAAGGCCACAUCUUUGAUCUUGUUUAGCAGGGAGUUGGCUUUAAGCCACACUUCACGGGGCUUAAAACCUUUGACAGCCCCUUCCACAGAUGCUUUGCUGGCGUCUUUUCUUUGCAGUUGAGCAGAAUGGUUAGUCUCAUAAUCGUGGGUACGGGUACAGUGUUCCGUCUCCCUCUCCCUCACUCGUCCUAGGGUCAAGGCGUUCUCAGACGACGUUGUGUGGACUGAGGGGGAGGCUGGUGUUUCACAUGGAUCUUUUCCUUCCCUUCUGGCAUAUUUACACUCCCUUCCGGCAAGUGUUGCUGACCAGAUAAAGGUCGGUUUUGCUC